AUGCUUUUGACUCAACCUCGCCUACUAUCUAGCCUUGUCCUACUUCUCUUGGUGGUCUUUAUUUCAUGUAGCCAGAGUGUAGACAGUGCAGCCGUCGCUAGUGCAGGAAGAAACUGUUUUCCAGGUCUACAUGAUUGUCCAGACGGUGAGACAUGCAUUGAACAAGACCCCAACUUUGGCCACUGUGGUAUUGUAAAGUCUCCUAUUAAAAAUGUACCGCAAUGA